AUGAUUCUUGAAGGACCUUUCCCCCCCUGUCGCCAGGCUUCCCGAGGACUGAGUGGAGGUCGAAGGGACAGCGUUCUCUCUCUGUCCUCGGGCGCCGUUGACCUCUCCUUCGCUGCUACUCUCGCGGCCGCGGUCAAUUCUCGUGCCACGUCGCCUUUGGGUGGCGGUGAAGGCGGCGGAGGCGGGUCACUGGGCGCUGACCUCAUGGCGCUCCGGAUGACCCGUCUAGCUACUCCCACCAGCCGUUCCUCCUCGCGGACGGGUCACCGCACGGCACGCACUCGCUCGCCGGAGGAGGUCACGGAUUUGGAAGUCCACGACGGCGCUGAGGUCGGCGAGGAGGAGACGUUCAACGACCAUAUGGAGGACCACGAACGGCUGGUGGACUUGGCACACGUGUAUGAGUCGCAGUGCCACUCCCUGUUGGCACUCCUCACAAGGCUGCGCGACCAAACGGAGGCCAUCAACAACGAAGUGCAGACGCGACAGAAGAGGCUCGAUGCCCGCCUGCAGGAGAUCCAGCAGUUGGUAGAGAAGGGAGGGCGGGGAGAGCAAGAGGGAGUCGCCAGCUGA